AGAUCAGACUCGACGGGUAUAUAUAGGCCAGACGCGCACCACAAGCUGCACUCAUCUCCGGGAAGUACUGGCGAGCGCCUCAGGAGACCUCUCCACCAGACGGCUCCCUCUGCCUGACCAUACGCGCUGAAAGCCACAAGUCACAAAAUGGCUCAAAGGAUGAUGAAUGCCUCUUUGCCGCUUCCCUACGGCAGCAACCAGGUAACCUAUGGCUACCCCGAAGGGUACUCGCUCAUGGACUUGGUUCCUGACGACGUAAAGCCCUUGAUCCAUCCUCACUGGAGCAACUUCCCUCCAGUCAACCCCAUGUGGCACUACCUGCUGGCCGGCAUCUUCAUCAUCCUGGGCAUCCUCUCCUUCUUCGGUAACGGCAUGGUCAUGUAUCUGUUCUCGUGCAAGAAGAGUCUCCGCUCGCCCGCCAACAUGUUCGUGGUCAACUUGGCUUUCAGCGACUUCAUGAUGAUGGUGUCACAGUUUCCCAUGUACGUGGUGAACUGCUUUGAAGGCGGCUACUGGACCCUUGGCGCCUUUGCCUGCCAGGUACACGCCUUCACAGGGGCGAUCUUUGGACUCACCUCCCUUUUGACACUGGCAGCUAUCGGCUACGAUCGCUACUGCGUUAUCGUGAAGGCCUUCGACGGCGGUCACAUCAGCUCAGGCAAGGCCUUCAUUAUGAUCCUCUUUUGCUGGGGAUACGCCACCGCCGUCUCCAUAUGGCCCUUCUUCGGCUGGAACGCCUACAUUCCUGAGGGCAUCCUCACUUCCUGUAGCUUCGACUACAUCAGCCGAGAUUGGGGAACUAGAUCCUUCGGCCUCUUCCUGUUCAUCAUGUGCUACUGUAUCCCUCUCCUCGUCAUCAUCUUCGUCUACUCCCAGAUCGUUGGCGCCAUCCGUGCCCACGAGAGGGCGCUGCGCGAACAAGCCAAGAAAAUGAAUGUGCAAACCCUUCGUUCCAACGCCGACCAGAAUAAGCAGAGUGCGGAGGUGCGCAUCGCCAAGGUGGCCGUUGGCAACGUGUUCCUGUGGUUGCUCACCUGGACUCCUUACGCCGCCGUGGUCUUGACGGGUUUGUUUGGCGACCAGGACAAGCUGACGCCUAUCGUGUCCGCUCUGCCAGGACUCAUUUGCAAGACAGCCUCCGUGUACAACCCCAUCAUGUUUGCGAUCUCACAUCCCAAGUUCCGUCUGGCACUGAUGGAGGUUUGGCCUUGGUUCUGCGUCCACGAGAAUAAGGACGAUGACUCCAAGUCCACGAAGACCGAGUCUGAAAGCGGCAAGUAAGACGGGAGACCGAGGCCUGGAACUGUUGGUGAGAGACUGAUCUUCCUAUAGGAGUCAGCAACUCUGGAAGACGACGAUGAUGCUGUAAUACAAUGUUUGCUCUAUAAGUUCUAGUUUGCAGCUGCUGUGAGCAACGCACAGUAUGUUACAAUCUAUCAACGUACCUUGUCCCGUGACCCCUGAAUGUUCGAACGACUCUUAACGACUAUUAAUAAAACUGAGUAAUGUA